CGCUCGCGGAAACUGCCUUUAAAUAUGUCGUUGGAGUGCGAGGAUUUACACAGUCUCAUUUGGAUUUUACACUGAACUAGGCUACAUAGUAUAGUACCAGGGAAAACAACCAGGUACCGACCGUCGCCCUGAACACUAUCCAGUUAGGACAAGACAAUCAGAACCAUGUGUGGGAUCUUUGCCUACCUCAAUUACUGUGUGCCUCGCACCAGAAAGGAAAUAUUUGAGACAUUGGUGAAGGGACUGCAGAGGUUGGAGUACAGAGGCUACGAUUCAGCAGGCAUCGCUGUGGAUGGUGACAAAAACACGACGACAGAUGGCGUCAACAACAACAACAUCGUUCUCAUUAAGAAGAAAGGCAAAGUCAAGGCCCUGGAUGAAGAGCUCUACAAGAAAGACUGCAUGGAUCUGGAGGUGGAGUUGGACACACACUUUGGCAUGGCUCACACACGCUGGGCUACACACGGAGAACCCAGCGCCCUCAACAGCCAUCCCCAACGCUCCGACAAGAACAAUGAGUUUGUUGUCGUCCACAAUGGCAUCAUUACCAACUACAAAGAGUUAAAGAAGUACCUGAACUCCAAGGGCUAUGAGUUUGAGUCAGAGACGGAUACAGAGGUCAUCCCUAAACUGAUCAAAUACAUUUACGACAACCGAGAGAGAGAAGACCUGUCCUUCUCUACCCUGGUGGAGAGGGUCAUUCAACAGCUGGAGGGGGCCUUCGCUCUGAUGUUUAAAAGCAGUUAUUUCCCCGGAGAGGCGGUAGCCACCAGGAGAGGAAGUCCUCUGCUCAUUGGUGUGCGGAGCAAGUAUGAGCUGUCUGCAGAGCACAUUCCAAUCCAGUACAACACUGCUAUGUUCAAAGAGGGGAUCCAGGAAAAGAACAGCCAUAACCGGCCAGAUAUCUCCAAUGCUGUGAAUUCCGCUGAAGACGGCAAGGCUGUGGAGUACUACUUUGCUUCUGACGCUAGUGCCAUCAUAGAGCACACCAACAAGGUGAUCUACCUAGAGGAUGAUGAUAUAGCAGCGGUUGUAGGGGGGAAGCUGUCCCUCCAUAGGCUGAACCGCCAGGCAGGGGAGGUUCCUGUCCGGGCCAUCCAGACCCUCCAGAUGGAAUUGCAGGAGAUCAUGAAAGGUAACUUUGAGGCGUUCAUGCAAAAAGAGAUCUUUGAACAGCCAGAGUCCGUGUUCAACACCAUGAGGGGGCGGAUCUGCUUCGACACCAACAAAGUGAUCCUGGGGGGAUUGAAGGACCACCUGAAGGAGAUCAAACGCUGCAGACGCCUCAUCAUGAUUGGCUGUGGAACCAGCUUCCAUGCUGCCGUGGCUACCAGACAAGUUCUGGAGGAGCUGACAGAGCUUCCUGUCAUGGUGGAGCUGGCUAGCGACUUCCUAGACCGCAACACGCCCGUCUUCAGAGACGACGUCUGCUUCUACAUCAGCCAAUCAGGUGAGACGGCAGACACCCUGAUGGCUCUGAGGUACUGUAAGGAUAGAGGUGCUCUGACGGUGGGGGUCACCAACACAGUGGGCUCCUCCAUCUCCAGGGACACAGACUGCGGGGUGCACAUCAAUGCUGGGCCAGAGAUAGGCGUUGCCAGCACCAAGGCCUACACCAGCCAGUUUGUGGCUCUUAUCAUGUUUGGUCUGAUGAUGAGUGAGGACAGGAUCUCCCUGCAGACAAGGAGGCUGGAGAUCAUCAAUGGACUCAGGAUACUCCCAGAGUUGAUCAAGAAGGUGUUGUCUCUGGAUAAGAACAUCAAGUCCAUAGCAGAUGAGCUAUAUGAACAGAGGUCUUUGCUGGUCAUGGGCCGAGGCUUCAACUACGCUACCUGUCUAGAGGGGGCACUGAAAAUCAAGGAAAUCACCUACAUGCAUUCAGAGGGCAUCCUGGCUGGGGAGCUGAAGCACGGUCCUCUGGCUCUGAUUGACAAGCACAUGCCGGUCAUCAUGAUCAUCAUGAGAGACGCCUGCUACACCAAGUGUCAGAACGCACUGCAGCAAGUCACAGCCAGAUCGGGGCGGCCGAUUAUCCUGUGUUGCCAGGAUGACCCAGAGGUGUCUAAGAAUGCGUAUAAGACCAUUGAGCUGCCUCAGACAGUGGACUGUCUCCAGGGCAUCCUCAGUGUCAUCCCUCUGCAACUCUUGUCCUUUCACCUGGCCGUGCUGCGAGGAUACGACGUGGACUGUCCCAGGAACCUGGCCAAGUCUGUCACAGUGGAGUAGAACCAGACAGACAGGCAGAAGGCAGUAGAGGCCACAUCACUGCUCUGCUGAGGAGAGAGACAGAGGAGGCGAAGCCAUCAAAGUGCAAUUAUGUGUGUAGAAGGUGUUUGUGUGUGCUUUUGGUUUGACCAUCCUUGUGGGGGCUAGAAGUAAAACAAGGAUAGUAAAUAGUAAAACAAGGCAAAUUGGGAUAAGGGGGGACAUUUUGCCGAUCAACACAAGGAAAAAGGCUAUUUUAGGCUUAGGGGUUAGGUGUAGGUUUAAGAGGGUUUAUUUUUAUAUUGGUAUCAAACCUUGGGUUGCACGGGCCUAUUGCAACUUUCUACCCUGUUUCUGUGUUGCACCUUUUACCGGUCUGGAGAAAGUGGGAGGACAUGAGAUAUCAUUUUGAAUGGAAAUCAAUUUUAUGCUACCCACAAGGAUAUUAAAACAAACGUGCGUGCGUGCGUGUGUGUGAAUAGAGGGACGUGACAUUUUUAAAGCAUAGAAAUGUGAAGUCCUAUUGACACACUGUUGAGGCGGUGCCAUUGACCUUUUGGGCCUUGUCGAGAGAGAGAGCAAAUCUCACACAACUUUGACCAUCUGUCAAAUCAGCAUUAUCUCCAAUAAUGCCUCCGAAGCAAGAUCCUUUCACUAUACAGUACUGUGCACACUGUGACUUAUACCAAAUAUGUGCCUUGUUCACAAACAGUUGAGCCAAAAAUACAUAUUGUAGGAGUAAUGCAUUUAGUUGGUGUAUUGAAGUGCUUACAAUUGUGCAAUAUGGGAGGGCAUUGUGAAUGUUUUCGAUAAUCGUUGUUAAAUGGGUUCUCUGUCCCGUGGGAGUUUAUUAGCUUUGCAUCUUGGGGAGUGUAGGCUAUUCCAUAGCAUUCUGUUAUCCAGCGGAGCCAAUAGCUAGCAUAUUGUAGGGAACUAUUCUGAAAAGCUCUAUGUAGGCUAUUGGGACAUAACACUUGUGAUGUAGGGCCUACACACAUUGCUUUGGUGUACUGUACACAAAAAUGCAUUCCUUGUGGUCCCAUAAUCAAGGGGCACUUUAUUUAUCACUCCUUUGUCAGAGUGAAUCUAAUAUGAUUUUACUCAUGAGGGGAUUACUGUUCAUCGUCUACACUCCAAUCUGUUGAAAAGGGCCGGAUGACACUGCUACAGGCUUGUGAGAUACUAUAAGAAUUAUACUUCCUUUUAUUUACUACCCUUUCAUGAAUCAUUAUUCUCUGUUUAGUCAUUGUAUGGCGUUCAUCAUUGCAAUCAUAUUAUGUUCUCUGUCAUGCAGCGCUGUGAGAGACAUCUCUGUCCUAUUCUAUGAAGACUGUUUGGGGGUCCAUUGGCUUAUUUAUGUAUGAAGACCAAUUGGUUGCACUUACUUUUAUAGUGGAUUUAAUCUCCCAGAGUGUUAUCCACAAUGGCAAUAUUGCCAUGCCCUAACUCUUGUUCUCGAAAAUGUGAGGCACUUCCCUUGACAUCUCAAAAUAAGACUGAUAUGCAUAAAGUGAUAUGAAUUGUAGUUUUGUACUGUAUAGGGUAAAACAUGUUAUAUUGAGAUGUACUGUAGUUAAUGUAUUUAUCUGUUUUUUUAUGGGGGUUAAAGAAAGUUGGGCUGGUUUAUCACAAACUAUGAUUGUAUUUUAUAAUAUACACUAAUCAAAUCAAAUGUAUUUAUAUAGCCCUUCUUACAUCAGCUGAUAUAUCAAAGUGCUGUACAGAAACCCAGCUUAAAACCACAAACAGCAAGCAAUGCAGGUGUAGAAGCACGGUGGCUAGGAAAAACUCCCUAGAAAGGCCCUAACCUAGGAAGAAACCUAGAGAGGAACCAGGCUAUGAGGGGUUGCCAGGCCUCUUCUGGCAGUGCCGGGUGGAGAUUAUAACAGAACAUGGCCAAGAUGUUCAAAUGUUCAUAAAUGACCAGCAUGAUCAAAUAAUAGAAAUCACAGUGAACAAGUCAGGGUUCCAUAGCCGCAGGCAGAAUAGUUGAAACUUUAGCAGCAGCACGGCCAGGUGGACUGGGGACAACCAGGAGUCAUCAUGCCAGGUAGUCCUGAGGUAUGGUCCUGAGAGAGAGAAAGAAAGAAAGAAAGAGAGAAUUAGAGAGAGCAUACUUAAAUUCACACAGGACACUGGAUAAGACAGGGGAAAUACUCCAGAUAUAACAGACUGACCCUAGCCCCCCGACACAUAAACUACUGCAGCAUAAAUACUGGAGGCUGAGACAGGAGGGGUCAGGAGACACUGGCACCAUCCGAUGAUACCCCCGGACAGGGCCAAACAGGCAGGAUAUAACCCCACCCACUUUGCCAAAGCACAACCCCCACACCACUAGAGGGAUAUCUUCAACCACCAACUUACCAUCCUGAGACAAGGCCGAGUAUAGCCCAUAAAGAUCUCCUUCACGGCAGAACCCAAAGGGGGGCGCCAACCCAGACAGGAAGACCACGUCAGUGACUCAACCCACUCAAGUGACGCACCCCUCCUAGGGACGGCAUGGAAGAAUACCAGUAAGCCAGUGACUCAGCCCCUGUAAUAGGGUUAGAGGCAGAGAAUCCCAGUGGAAAGAGGGGAACCGGCCAGGCAGAGACAGCAAGGGCGCUACAGUUCAAAGGUUUGGGGUCACUUAGAAAUGUCCUUGUUUUUAUAAGAAAAGCACAUUUUUCUCCAUUAAAAUAACAUCAAAUUGAUCAGAAAUACAGUGUAGACAUUGUUAAUGUUGUAAAUGACUAAUGUAGCUGGAAAAGGCAGAUUUUUUAUGGAAUAUCGACAUAGGCGUACAGAGGCCCAUUAUCAGCAACCAUCACUCCUCUGUCCCAAUGGCACAUAGUGUUAGCUAAUCCAAGUUAAUCAUUUUAAAAGGCUAAUUGAUAAUUAGAAAACCCUUUUGCAAUUAUGUUAGCACAGCUGAAAACUGUUUCCUGAUUAAAAAAGCAAUAAAACUGUCCCUUAGACUA